AUGGCUACUGAAAUCACCCACAGCAAACAUAGUCUGGGUAAGACAGACUGUCAUGCCAAAGGGACCGAGGCGCACGGAACCAUGAGCAUGGAGGAGUAUGAAGCUUCUCCAGGUGCCCUGCCUCCAGUUACAUAUUGGGUUCGAGUCCGAAAACUCCUGCGCGAUCCGUUCUCCGAGUUUUUCGGCGUCAUGAUCCUCGUGCUCUUCGGUGACGGUUCCGUUGCACAGGUGGUUCUAGGGGAGGGCAACAAGGGAGACUGGCAGAACAUCAACUGGGGUUGGGCACUAGGUGUCAUGCUUGGCGUCUACUGCGGUGGCGUGUCUGGCGCCCAUCUAAACCCUGCCAUCACGCUCGCCAACUGUAUCUUUCGGAAGUUUCCAUGGCGCAAGUUUCCGGCAUACCUUGUUGCCCAGGCCCUUGGCGCUAUGGUCGGCUCACUUAUCGUGUAUGGCAACUACAAGUCUGCAAUCGAUGUCUUCGAAGGAGGUCCCGGCAUCCGCACCGUUGGACUCAACACCUCUUCGGCAGCUAUCUUCUGUACCUAUCCUGCACCCUUCCUAACUAAGGCCGGCCAGCUUUUUGAUGAGUUUCUUGGGAGUGGCAUUCUUGCAUUUUGUCUCUUUGCCCUUCUGGAUGAUGGAAACAUUGGGGCUGGCAACCUGACACCGCUUGGCUUAUUCUUUGUUGUGUAUGGUAUUGGCGCGUGCUUUGGCUCUAACACGGGCUAUGCUAUUAACCCGGCCAGGGACCUUGGCCCACGGCUGAUGUCGUAUGCCCUUGGAUAUGGAACUGAGGUAUGGACUGCUGGUGAUUAUUACUUUUGGGUUCCAAUCGUCGCCCCAUUCUUGGGCUGCGUCUUUGGAGCCUUCCUGUAUGAUGCGUUCAUUUAUACUGGCCAGAGCCCGAUUAAUGCUCCCUUCAUGGGGCUGGGCCAUUUGUUCAAGCGCACCAAGCUGAAGGGCUCCAACGCCAGAUCACUCGUCUGA